CUGAGACCAGGCUCCAGCAGAGAAAAGAUGAGUCCUCUCCUUCUGCCCUCCGUCUUGCUGUUCGUCGGCGCGGCCCACGCUUUCCAGUAUACGGAGCUGGCGCAGUAUGUUGACGACCAUGAAGAAGAAUAUGUGGAGACUCUUAGGGACUGGGUUGCGAUAGAGAGCGACUCCAGCAACAUUGAGAGGAGACCAGACCUGCACCGCAUGAUGGAGGUGGUGGCUCAGAAGCUGCAGCUCAUGGGAGGAACAGUCCAGCUGGUGGAUAUCGGAAAUCAAGAGCUUUCUGAUGGACGGACCGUAGCGUUGCCUAAAGUAGCGACGGCUCAGUUUGGCAGUGACCCCAGCAAAUAUACCGUGUGUGUCUACGGCCACGUGGACGUCCAGCCGGCAAAGCUGGAGGACGGCUGGGCCACGGAUCCCUACAACCUGACCGACAUCAACGGUAACCUGUAUGGAAGAGGAGCAUCGGACAACAAGGCCCCAGUUCUAGCCUGGAUCCAUGCAGUGGAAGCUUACCAAGCUCUUAAUAUGGAGCUACCGGUCAACGUGAAGUUUGUGAUCGAGGGCAUGGAGGAGACCGGCUCCAAUGGACUGGACUCCAUGAUUGUGGCCCAGAGGGACACCUUCUUCUCAGACGUAGAUUACAUCAUCAUCUCCGACUGCGGCUGGCGGAGCCGACGGCCCGCCCUGACCUACGGCACCAGAGGAAACUGCUACUUCUUUGCUGAGGUGGAAGGACCUAAACAGGACUUACAUUCUGGAGUUUAUGGGGGCACCGUGGUCGAACCGAUGACCGACCUCGUUGGCAUUCUUGACACACUGAUCAACCCCGGCGGAAAGAUCUUGAUUCCCGGCAUCAGGGAAGCUGUGGCUCCCCUCUCCGAUGACGAAUGGAGAAUGUACCAAGACAUUGAGUUUGACAUGGACGACUACAAGAAGAAGAUUGGUGUCAGCCAGCUCAUGUACACCAACAAGGUGGACCUGCUGGCUCACAUGUGGCGCUACCCCACAGUCUCCAUCCACGGUAUCCAUGGAGCCUUCUCCGACUCUGGUACCAAGACUGUAAUCCCUGCCAAGGUCACUGCCAAGUUCUCCAUAAGACAAGUCCCCAACAUGGACCCCGCUAUGGUCAAGACUCAGGUGACAGAUUAUCUCCACUCUGUGUUUGCCAAAAGGAAGAGUCCCAACAAGCUGAAGGUCACGAUGGUUAUCGGGGCCAAACCGUGGCUAGCUAACACUCAGCAUCCUCUUUAUGAGGCUGGGAAAGCAGCUGUCAAGAGAGUUUUCAACAUGGAUCCAGAUCUGAUUCGUGAGGGAGGGACCAUCCCCAUCGCUAGAACCUUCCAGGACGUGACCGGGAAAAGCAUCAUCAUGAUGCCCAUCGGAGGCUUUGAUGACGGACUGCACUCUCAGAAUGAGAAAAUGAGCAGGUACAACUAUAUUGAAGGAACGAAGUUAUUCAUCGCGUACCUGAAUGAAGUGAGCCAGAUAAAGAAGACUAGCGUGUGAAAAAAUAAACUAUCCAUCCAUCCAUCCAUCCAUCCAUCCAUCAUCCAUCCAUCCAUCCAUCCAUCCAUCCAUCCAUCCAUCCAUCCAUCCAUCCAAACAUGCUGUGAUUCCUAUGGUUUCUUUUUUCAGACAAAAGAAAAGAAAAAAGAAACCAUAGGAUAUCUAUCUGAAGACAUAAUGAACACAAUACAACUAUGCUGUGAUUCCUCAUUGGUAGAAAUCCUUUUAUGGUGCAGUUUUCAUCGGCCUCUUUUCAAAUGUGAUAGUUGUUAUGAUUCAUGCAAAGUCAGACUGUGUAAGUGCACAAGUGGUAAAUGCAUGUUCUGGCUCUCUGGAAACGCGUCUGGAGACAACUUGCAUCGUAAUAGAUGCUGUAUAAAUGAAAAUGAAUUAAAAGCUGUG